CCCCCGCCCAGAGCGCUCCCCGCCCUUAGCAACGGGCCGCGUCGCCGGUGCAGCUGCGGCCAUGGCGGAGGGCGCUGUGCGGACCCGACGGGUCUUCCUCAACCACCUCGAUUCCUACUGCGGCCGCAGCAUCGGCGAGUAUUUAUCCGGUUGUGUUGUUGGAGCAUCGCUAGAAAGUGUGGGAGAAGAGGAGGAGGAAAAUGACAGUCACUCGGAGGCUGAAGUUUCCAGGAGGCCAAAGGAGGGACUCUACCAAAUAGUGGGGACUCUCUCCAAGCCAGAGAGUACUAAACCAUAUUUUGCAGAGGAAACAUAUGCAGUCUCCUCUCAGAAAGAGCUCUUAAGUUAUUUGCUUGAAUGUGACAUUAUUUUGUAUAAUAUCACUGAGGAUGCAAACCAAAUCGAGGAAGCAACAUGGGCUGCUUCUGCCCUACAUACAGAAAUAGAGCAUUUUGCAACACCAAAAAUGUUCAUCCUCAUUUCUACAGUAAUGAGCUGGGCAAAAAGCAAACCCCCUGACCCAGAGGAUUCUGAGAUUCCUUUUACUGAGGAAGAUUAUCGCAAAAGAAAAUCUCAUCCUAACUUUAUGGAUCACAUAAAUGCUGAAAAACUUGUUCUCAAACUUGGGAAAACUAACAAAGAGGCAUUUUCAACUUAUGUUGUUGCUUCGGGACUUCAGUAUGGAGCUGGGGAAGGAGUCUUACACUACUUUUUUAAGAUAGGUUGGCUUAGUGAGAGUACUGCAAUACCUGUUUUUGGACAUGGAAACAAUUAUAUUCCGACCAUUCAUGUUCGUGAUUUAGCAGCGGUGUUACAAAAUGUAGCAGACCACAGGCCAAGGUUUUACUACAUACUUGCAGUAGAUGAGUCUACACACACUUUUCAAGAAUUAAUAAAGGCUAUGGGAUGUAUCAGUAAAAAUGUUGGACCAGGAAAAAUUGAGAAGAUUCCAAAAGAAAAUGCAUUCUUGAGUAAAGAGUUAACACAAACACAUGUGGAUAUGUUGCUGGUGAACCUGCGGAUGGAAGCAAUGUUUCUGAAAGAGACUUUCAACAUAAAGUGGGUUGCUCAAACGGGACUGGUGGAGAACAUUGAACAGAUCAUUGAAGAAUACAAGCAAAGUCGAGGACUUCUGCCUCUCAAAGUUUACAUUCAUGGUCCUCCAGGAGUUGGCAAAUCUACCAUUGCUGAAGAGAUCUGCAAGCACUACAAGCUACAUCAUAUUAAGAUCAAAGAUGUGAUUUCUGAAUCAAUAGCAAAACUGGAGAAAAUUGUGUCUCCUAAAGAAGUGGACUCUGACAAUGUGGGACAAGAGGGAGAAGAUGAUGAUGAUGAAGAGGGUGAAAAUGUAGAAGAAGCACAUGAGUUGUUAGCUGGAAUUAGAGAAAGUAUGGAGCAGAAUGCAGGUCGUAUAGAUGAUCAGUACAUUAUUAAACUCUUUAAAGAUAAGCUCAAAUCUAUGCCUUGUAGGAAUCAAGGGUAUGUUUUAGAUGGUUUUCCAAAGACCUAUGACCAGGCAAGAGAUCUUUUUAACUUGGAAGAAGAAGAAAUAACAGGCAAAAUACCUCAGUAUGAUAAAUUAAUCACACCUGAAUUUGUUAUAUCUUUGACUGCAUCAGAUGAAUUUCUUAAGAACAGAAUAAUAAAUCUGCCAGAAAGUGUUGUUGCUGGAACUCAUUAUACUCAGGACCGGUUUCUGCAAUCUUUAAGUAACUUCAGGGAGAUAAACGUGGAAGAUGAGACGGUUCUCAACUAUUUUGAUGAACUUGAAAUACAUCCUCAGUUUAUUGGAUGAACUUAAUAAACAUUAAAGGCGUAAGGUUAGUACUGCACUGAUUUUGUUUUAUACCUGUAUGUGAGAUAAUUUUCCUUCCCUACACACUAUGCAGAAAGUCACUAUCCCUGGGAAAUCUCGAGAAGAUGGUUAUAAUCUGAUUAUUCAAAAAGUGAGAAUGGGAUAAUAUUUUAUAAGUAAACUGCCUCUAAACUGUGGAAGGGAGAGGGGAAGAAAAGAAAUGAAAGAACAAGGGAACUCUGCAACUCCUUUAAAGUUGCUGAUAUUUGGAAUGUACGUUUGAGAUAAGUUAUGGAAAGCUAAUUGUUGAACAGUCAUAAAUAAAAAAUGAGGAAAUCAGUUAUUGCCAAUCAUGGAGACUAUCUUGUGAAUAAGACAGUACACAAAUGUUAGGAAAUUUUGCAGUGGAAAGAAAUAGCAUGUGAUUAUUUUUACCUUUUUAAUUAUUUCUGAGUUAUGCUUCUGUCUUUUAGUUUUUAAAUAUCCAGGUGCUGAGUGAUUUUUGUGUUAUUUACUGACUACUUUUUCAUGCAGUUUUCUAAAAUCUUAUUUCUUGUCUUCCAAUUCAUAAAAGGAAGGAGAUGAUAAGAUGGCGAUAUAUCUAGUUUUCCUGUCUUCAGCUGAUGUUGCUGUUUUUGUUACUGGAUCCAAAUAGUAAAAAUGAUUGUCUUAGAGUCUUAGUUUGGAAUGCAGGUUAGCUACCACCUUCAUUCAGCUAAAACUGAAGUAAUUUCGUUGCAGAAAGUAAAGGUUAGAAAUAGUAAAUAUUGAGAAGGUCUGAUGUCAUUAAUUGGUCAUAAUUUAACUUACACACUUCCGAAUAUGAAAGUAGGUAGUACUGUCCAAGACAUUGUUUUAUUUUGGUGAGGACUAUGAAGUGUAUGCUCUGUGACAGCACAUGGCAGUGCUUUAUGCUGGGAAGUAUGUCCAAAAAUUAUUCUAAAACUCUAGUUAAUUCCAAAUGAGGGUACUCAGUGUUCUACUAGCCUUACCUAUUGAAGUAUCACAACUAUCACAUUCAGUGACUUCCAGAUGUUUUUCACAUUCAGUUGAUUUCCAUCUUAAAAGCAGCAGCAUUUUUAGAUCCUGUUUAUCACUGAAUAUCUUUCCCUAUAUUUGCGUGAUUCACUGUGAUUGCUGCCCACUGAAGUAUGCAAAGCAUUCAGCUUCACAUAAAGACUGAUUACAAAGAUAAUUUCUGUGAGAAAUCUUCAACUCUGUGAGUACCUCUCCAUUCUGGCUGAUGUGGCAGUUGGUUUAUCAGAAGUGCUCAAUUAAUAAACAUGUUUAUUAACAUGAUUAACUUAUGUUUGACUUAUGUCUGUCAUUCUGAAGGAAGUUGUCUAUAUUUACUGGUCUUAGUGGAGAAUUGCUGAAGAAUUGUGUUUGAUUCAUUAAAUACUGAAUCAGAUUAGCCAAAUGUUUCUUCUACCAUAAUUUUAGAAGAUCUUAACAUAUAGCCUUAUGAAUUGCUUUAUAAGAGUUUUUUUCCUGAGCCUGAAUUAUUAUAUAAGUACUAAGGAGGUAGGCUUCAAGAUUCUGGAAAUUGUAUUUUACUACAGUGACUCAUUUCAUGAAGUCUGCAAAUCAGUUAUCUUUAGGCAUUGCUAUUUUCAUCUGCAAACUGGAGAUGAUGGUGCGUGCAUAUUGGAUGAUCUACAGAAAGGAAUUUUGAAUAUUGAAGGAAUACUGAAGUUACAACAGUAGUUUCCUUUGACCUUAAUUUGUGAGGACUUCUGGUGAUCUUUCCUUUCUUUUAGAAUCAAGGCUUUAAUUUUUUUAUUUAAAAUAUAUUUUUAGUAGAUAUGCAUUUAAUUGUGAUUGCUGUAAUAUUUGUGUUGCAGUCUUGCUUGGUCAUCUGAGAAAAGGCUGUAGUCUAAGUCCUCAAAUUAAAUGCCAAGAAUGUUCUUAGCAGUACUUUAUAUGACUAAAAAGUUGUCUUGCACUGUAUUUUUUUGUAUCCAGCUACAGCUAAAAUUGUGGUAUUUAUGUACUGAUGACAUUAAAAAUAUAUUUGUUUGGAAUACUU